AUAUCGUGAACGGCGCUCAAACUGGGAGGACGUGGGAUGGUAGAGUGUGCAGUGCUUCAUUAGAAACAUUGUUUUAUUUAUUUUUGCAAAUGUUUCUACAAUCGGAAUUAUAAAGUACAAAGCUUAGGAUAGGUUCCAAUCAGGGUCGCCGCCAUCAUGGCGUCGGACGAACAAUUUUCACUAUGCUGGAACAAUUUCCACGCAAAUAUGUCAGCAGGCUUUCACGGUCUGCUGUCGCGUGGAGAUUUAGUAGACGUAACACUGGCUGCCGAUGGCCGAUUACUACAGGCACACAAAUUAGUUUUAUCAGUAUGUUCUCCCUAUUUUCAAGAAAUGUUCAAAUCGAACCCAAAUCCUCACCCCAUAGUAUUUUUAAAAGAUGUUAGUCAUUCUGCGUUAAGAGACUUAUUACAGUUUAUGUACCAAGGUGAAGUUAAUGUUAAACAAGAGGAAUUAGCGUCGUUUAUUAGUACCGCGGAACAACUUCAAGUGAAAGGUCUAACCGGAAAUCAAAAUGAAGAAAGUUCCACGCCAUCCAAACCAAAGCCGACCUCCAGGCCAGGCCCGAGGUCGUCACAACAAAGGCAAUCUGUAAUGACUAAGUUAGAGACUGAUUUAGAUUCUAAGCCCUCCUCAACUCCAGUAGCAGUUAAGCGACCAAAUAGGCCAUCAAUAGCAUCUAAUAAUUCGUCAUCUUCACAAAGUGGACCUGCGAAGAGAAAAUGUGUGGACCCAUUAGAAGCUGGACCAUCAGGAUCGGCUAAAGAAGAAUUUGUGACCAUACCAGACGAAGACGAAAAUAACGCUGUAGCACCCAAAAUGGAACCAGAAUUUGUUAAUGAAAGUAUGUGGGAUGACGAUGAUGAUGGCGCUAAUAAUGAGGAAACUAAUUUCGGCGAAGAUGACUCUAAUAUGGAAAUGACUGGCUUUGAUGGCUCUACGACAGGUGAUGGCAAUAUAACUGGCGGCGGUGAAGGUGGAGCUGUUGGAGAUGCUCAAGGCUGGUUCUACAUCCGCUCGGCCCGCGGCGGCCUGCACCUGGUGGCGGACGGACACAUAUUCUACGAGGACGGAGGCUCGCACCCUCGCCGCGUCACCUGGCGGUGCGCGCGCUCCUACCAGAAAGCCGAGCGGUGCCAAGUGGCCUUAUGUUUGAGAGACGGACGAUUGGUGUACUUCCGCGGCUCGCACAACCACCCGGCUACGUACAAUCCUGCUAAGCAUGAAUCGAGGCGUUUCCAAGUGGACCCCAUGGUGCAAGCGGUGUACGUGCCGUCGCGGACGGGCAAGUCGCUGCUGCUGCACGACGGGUACACGUUCUACCUGAAGAACCUGCAGGCGCACGGCAGGAAGCAGUGGUACUGCUCGUCGCGCGACAUGGCGGGCUGCCGCGCUGACGUCAUCACGGCGCCCGCGCGCGCCGGCGCCGGCGACGUGCUGUUCCUGGUGCGCGGCCGCCACAUCCACGCGCCGCCCAGCUACUACUUCACGCCCGACGGUAAAUACGUCCGCAAGAAGGACGUCUACCACAGGUAUAGGUAGCGCGAUCUCUGCAUAUCUACUUAACUCAUUUAUUUGUAUUUUUACAAACUUUUUUUUAUUCCUAUACGUAGAUUUUUUUUAUUGAUCAUGUUUUUGUGUAUAUUUUUUUGUAAGUUUUGUAAAUUGAAGUUCCUAAAUUAAGAUAUGUAGCUUUUAGAGUACCUUUUAUCAUGAGUUUUUUUUUAUUACUUAUGUACUUACUUAUUAUACUGCUAACUUUUAAAAUCUAAAUGGCUCUGACAAAGGAAAUGUUACUUGUGUAUUAUACAUAUUGAUAUUUAAUAUAGAGUAUACUUUUUUUACGUGAUUGUUUAAAGUAGAAGUCAAUUUAUGAAAUGACAAUGUAACUGCUUAAUCCUUUUUUCUCUGAAGCCGAGGUUAAUUAACAAGAAUUAAUAUUCUUGCUAGUUUAGGUUUUUUUAUCUCAAUAUAUGAACUCAAUAUGCAAUGUAUUAUUGUACUGUCUUAUUAAUUAAUCUUACUUACGUAUAACCAAUUACAGGCAUCUCAAAUAUGUAGUUUAAUAAAAAUAAUUGUAUCAUAAAAAAUGUAUUUGGUUGAAAAGGUAACAAAUACCUAUAAUAUUUUAUUAGAAAUUAUAAUGAAGGAUACUUUGACUUAUUGGUUCUAAACCAAAUCGAAUUAUUUUCACGUUGUUCUUAUUAAAUCCUACUCUUGGUAUGUUGUGCCCAUUUGUUAGGUGUUAUCAAAUCGUUAAAAAUAAUCUUUUUCUCAAUCGAGAUUAGUUUUCUUGUUUCAAUGCAAGUGUGAGUUGUUUGCCGUCUUUUCAAAUGGACAAGUAUACGCAAAGAUUUUCAGUGACCCCAUUAUACCAGUUUUAAUGAGAUAGAAUAAUAAAAAAAUGUCGGAUCAGCCUUCUAAUUGAGUGUUUAUGUAUGUGUCCACGUCUUUAAUCCAGAUAUUCUAGUACUUGAGCCUACGAGUCAGGCGAGCUUUAACUGUGACGGGAAAUCUCGUACAUUUGGAAAGACGCAUAUUAUAAUUAUAUAGCAUAUCUUAUAAUACUAGCCUAUGUUUUCACAAUCUAAUUUUCUUAAGUAACAAAAUACUCUGUAAUAGACUAGAAAGUUGUAUUAAAGGGUAUGAAUGAAU